UUGGCAUAUGACUAUUUUCAGGUAGUGGAUGAAUUCACUACAAAACGCGUUCUGACGGCGGAAUAUGUCGUUGGAAAACCUGUCGAUAAAUGUUUGAACGAACCUCAGGUCGUUCGUGACUACAUCGCAGCGAAGUUCAUUGAACUAUGUCUUCACGAGGUUUUCAUUUGGAGAUUUAUGCAAACAGAUCCGAACUGGUCAAACUUCUUCCUUGGAGUACAUCCAGCAACAGGUGAGCCACGGAUGGUUCUAUUAGAUUUUGGUGCAUCUCGUUCGUAUAACAAGAAAUUUGUUGAUCAGUACAUGAAAGUGAUCAAAGCUGCAGCAGAUAAAGAUAAGGAGAAAGUUAUCGAAUACUCAAAAGAAAUUGGUUUUUUGACGGGUUACGAAACUGGUGUUAUGAAGAAAGCGCAUGCUGAAUCGGUACUUAUAUUAGGAGAGACGCUGGCGGGCAACCGUCCCUAUGACUUCUCCCGUCAAAAUGUUACGAAACGGAUCACUCGUCUGAUCCCUAUAAUGUUGGAGCACAGAUUGACAUCGCCUCCAGAAGAGAUAUACUCGCUACAUCGUAAACUUUCGGGCUCCUACCUCCUGGCCACUAAGCUCAAGGCUGUAGUAUCGUGCGGCGGACUUUUCAACGAAAUUUAUAGUAAGUAUGAAUUUGGCGAGGAUGGGAAAGAUAUCGACAUCGACUCACCUGCAGCUGCAUCAGAAAUAUAA